GUUGAAAGCGCCUUGUCCGACAAAGAAACGUCGGAAAGUGCUAGAGCCGGCAAUUCCUGAUGUGGAGGAGAUUUUCUCGGAGAUGCAGUUGAAAGCGCCAGACCCUCCAGCCAUUGAGGACAUUGAUUUGGAGAACUUGGACGAGGGCAACUUGUAUGCAAGCGAUGAGGAGAAUGGUCCACGCCGGCAGCGUGCUCAACAUCAGCGGACAUGCAAGACUAAGACCUUGUCGCAAUCCCAGGUUCAGAAGAAGAUGUUUGGUGACUGGCUAGCCAAGCGUGGUCUCACAUACGAGAGAUUUCGGGCCAUGCAUCAGGCCCAUUGUCUGGUGAAGUCGGCUGCUUCGUGUGUGGAGGGUGGGUUUGUGAGUUUCAAGGACAAGUUGCUGUCCAAGACUGAGAUCAAGUGCACUGCUUGCCAGACCCUUGUGGACAUGCAUGUUACAUCUGUGGAUGACUUCAUCUCACAUACAGAGACUCUUUCUGUAGUAGCUGUCGACAAGGCAGGGCAGGAGGCGCAGAAUGAGCCAAGGAACCACCCGCGCCAGACUGAAGAGGAGGAGAUUGAAGCCUGCAUGAAGUACUUGGGCCAAUUCCCAGAGAUUGAGGCGCUCACAAAAACAAUGCCCAAUGUUCCUGGUAUCAGGCUCUUUUACAGAUGCUUGAUUUGCAAGACACGGCGCCAGAAGGACGGCAAGCUCAACAAGUUGGGGAGACCCAAGUUGAAAUCCGUUCAACAUUUCCUGGAACAGCAUUUUGACAGCAACACUCACGUCAAGAAUAUGAGAGCAGCACACCAAGCUGCCGCAGAUCAAGACGGUUCCGCUGAGACUGACAGCCAAACUUGCAAGGGCUAUUGCGCGAGUGAUCCCAAAAGUACUGGAGCCUUGAAAUCAUAUCUUGAGGACUUCAAAAGAUGGACACAUUUCACGAGUCUUAGUGAAACAGCAUCGCACAAGUACUACACUGACCUCACUUCAGAUAGUUGGUACAUCAAGAGCAAGAAUUGCCUAGGCAACUUUUCAAGUCCUUCAUUGUGUUGCUCGGCAUGCAACAUACUGGGCGACGCGAGGAAAGGAGUGGUCAGGUAUGUGAGCCGCUUUUCCUUCAAGUACAAUGCUGCGACUUUGCUCAGCAAACGGAUGUUCAGCCUGGAGGACGAGGCCCAGAAGUUCUUGACAAGCCUCGCUGAGACAACCUUUGGCAGAGUUCAUGUGAAAAGGUGGAAAAGAAUAUCUGACUUGCAGACACACCAACUUCAAAAGUGUGUGCGGCAGAUGUGGCAGAAGAACCAAGUCCAAACGGAGACCCCAGCAUUUGAGGUCUUUCGCUCCUCAGUGGUGGUGCCGUGUCUGAGUGUGCAGAGCAAGUCCAUCAAUGAGAGGAUGACCACACUUUUUGCAGGUUUUGCAAACGCGUUGUCUUCAGAAGAUAUGACUGAGUUGCAGCAGGUGAACUUCCAAAUUGCGCAGGCGGCCAUUGGUGGCCAGCUCGACCGGAAUCCGCUGAUUCAAGGCAUCCUGGUUCAGUGCCUUCGGAAGUUGGAUAAGGAGGGCAGGGGUAUCAACACUCUUCGAGGGAGAAGAGGUGCCUGCACAGACACGGAGGUAACAUUGAUAGAGGACGCAGCCAUGACGCUGACCAUGGCUUCUUGCAACAGAGCUCUAGCCCAGGAGAUGGGUCAGAAUGCCACGGCCCCACGGUUGAAAGUUGAGGAGCUUCCUGAGGCAUACUCGCUUCCAAAUCCAAGCUUAGCUAUCGACUUCCCCGACCAAUUCGCCAACAACUUGGAGCUGGUAGACUCACAAAUUGGGAAGCAAUCUUCAGAUCCUCGCUGCAGGCUGAUCAUGGCCAUCGACCACACAUAUCUUCUCAAGUGCUUUGUCCAGGGACGUAUCAGAGGGGAAGCCGGUAUGCUCGGAGGUCCUUGGCACUAUGAUGACUCUUCUGCUGCCUUCAUGAAGUUCAAUGAGAUGCCGGACAACGCGUUGAAGAAGGAGAAGGCCGGACUGAUGUUGGAGUGCCUGGUAUGGUCGCCCUGGGCACCAGUCAGGCAGUGCUUCUCGGUCAACAGUGUCCCCAUGACUCUGGCACGUCGAAAGAAGGAUUCGGCAGACACCCUUACCAAGCAGGGGAACUUAGAAAUGCUGCACAUUGUCUCCAGAUUGUUGGGAUCCGGUGCCCACUUGGUGAAGGGCAUCACUUUUGAUGCUCAUAUGUCGCAUGCAUACUUCAAGGAAGCCCUUUUUGGUUACUUUGAGACAGCCAAGAAGGAGGAGUUGCCAUUGUCUGAGCUACCGUUCUUUUGUGAGGUGGAGUACAUUCCCUUGCCGAGCCACGCGCUGCCAAGGUUGCCCAUGAACCUGUGCCGCUACAAAGGUGAGUUCAUUUGGCCCUUGCCUGGCAGUUGUCACGCUGCGAAAUGUGCGGCAGGGCAACUGAACUCGCCCUUGCGAUGCUUGAUGUUCGGACGCUUUGUAGCAGACAGCUCCCAUGCAAGAUCCUAUGGGCUACCUCCGGCGGCCUACGCCAGGAGCGAGCCUAUGAGUGACUGGCUCCACGCAAUGCUGUACAACCCGUACUACACUGUGCGUUCACCAGAUAUUCUCACCGGUGAAGCAGACGUCCCUUGGCAACUGCGGGGAUUUUUGGUAUUCAACCUGACGGUAGCGUUGUGUACAGCCGUGACAAUGCACAGAACAAUGGCAGUGGUUGAGCGCUGUCAGAACGCCAUGUGUGGCUUUCUGCUCAUCGACCUUUUUGGCAUGCUGGCCAACUUGGAGUGCUCAAAGCGAUCUUUACCACGAGGAUCACUGUCAAUGGCACCGCAGACGGCUCGCAAUCUACAAUCUGUUGCCUUGAGUGUCAUCGGAGUAUGUGCUACAUUGGGCAGCCAGAGAAGCCCGUGGCAAUUGGGCCACAAUCGCAUGACGGAAUUACCGAUCGAGGAAUGGUUUGGCAGGCUCCGGACACAGAUGGCGAGUGCGCAAUUUAGCGUCAGAGCCUUUUGGCAGGCCGCAGCGCGCCAGAUGAUCAAGCAGCAGAGGUGCAAACCAGAGAAGGAGAAAAAGGUUGGCAGCAUUCCCCCUCCCUCGCCUGAGCUCUCGCCCAGUGACUUCUUCGAAGCCAGCGAGAAAGCGCUUAGUUCAGCAUACCGCUUUGUGGCUUUCUGCGCUGGAAUAACUCCGGCAUCCCUCGAAGAGGUAUACAAGCAGCAUUGCAAAGACAAUGUCCAGAGCCCCGAUGACCUGGCGGAUCACGAAUGGGAAGACGACUUUUUGGAUGAAGAGAAUGUAGAUGAGGUUGAAGCCCAGCAAGUUGUUCAGCACCUGCAGGAGGAGGCUCAGUUGACAAUGGCAUGUGCUUCUGAUGACUUUGAGCUGGAAGCUGAUCUGCAAGCAGCUGAUUUGGGGAAGAAUAUGCCAGACAUGGCUGAUUUGCGAAAUGUCAUUGAUGCCCCGCAGGAUGCUGCCGAUUGCGCUGCCCCGUUUGGCCACAGGAACGAGGGACCAAAAAGCGAACAGCCACGGACACUGCAUCAUGCGGUGUGUUUCAUGACUGGCCCUCUGACAGCAUCGGCCAUGUUCAACAGGAUCUGGAGGCUCGUCAUGUACCUUCGGUACUGGCAGGAUGGCGGUGACAGGCACUGGAUCCCGAACCCCAGGAAUAGCAGACGGACAAGCUCGAAGCUGAAUUGGUACCAGUGGAAUGAGAAGAAGAUCAAGGAAUUGUCCAUGGAAGAGGACGAUGUGAAGUACAGAAAGAGAGCCGGGCGCUUGGACAAGUGGAAGCAGCUUGCGCGAGAGGCCGCAGACCAGCGGGCCCAGAGCACUGGGCAGAAUAUUACGCUGCCUGAAAGUAUCGAGUCCGGAAACAUCGUGCUCGCGGUUGUCUCCAGAAAGUGGCGUGGUGUCAAUGUGCGAUCGGGGAUUAUCGGCAUGGUGCUGACGAUUUGGGUGGGGGCAAAGAAGCCCAGGCCAGCCACAAGGCAAAUCAGCAUCAAACAAGCCGUGGCAAUCCGCGUUGUGGAAAUGCAGCCGGCCUCGCCAGAUUUCCACGACAAGUACACAGCGUCAGACAAAUCUAUGGUCUUCAUGCUGCAGCCACAUUGCAUCGUGUCUGUUCUGGACAUUGUUGAGCACGAGAACACGUCAGAGCUGACCACAGUGACGCUCAGUCCUGAGUCCAUCUUGCUCGCAGGGCAGAUGGAUUCCAUUAGUGAGUGGUGGCCGCCUUUGGAUCCGGCAGACCCGAAGAAUGCUGCUCAGGGAGACUUGUAUCCUGCUCGAAAACGUGGCAGAAAGAAACGCCGUGCCAAUGAGAAGGAGAAGAAGACGGCGCCCAAGCCCAAGCCCAAGAAGAAGGGAUUGAAGAAGGCAAAGCAGGACAAACGCAAAGGUGCCCUAGCUCUGGAUUCAAGCUCAGAACUUCCUGCAUCGGCUUUCAAGAAAAGUCUGUCUGGCAAAGCGUGCGUGGUUGCAAUGAUGGAGAAGAUUCUUGUCGCGGACCGCCAGAAGUUUGAGCAGCGCCCGCUCUUCACGGUGGAUGGUCUUUGCCGGAUGAAGGUUGGGAAAUGCAAGAAUGUUGAGUGGUCCAAGAUCCGAGAUGAAGCCUACCAUUUCUUUCUCGCAUUGUAUUCUACCAAGGCAGGUAUCCGGUGGAGUGAAGCUGUGCAUGGACGCUUGCAGCAGACGUUGAGGUCUCUUGAGAAAGAGGUCCCCAAUCGCAAGCCGUGGCUCCGCCUCAUCAAAGAGAUUUGUGACAAGUUCUGCUGAGGGUCCCUGAUGGGGUUGGUGAAUGAGAGAUGGUGGGAGUGAUAAUAGAUCACCUUAGUGUGAUCCGUUGAGAGUUUCCCGACGGCUCCUGAUGCACGUAAUUGAGUAGAAAAUGUUACAAGAUGUUGCAUCUCUUGCAAUGUCCACUAGGUAGGGUAGGGCUGAUUUCCUCUGGCCAGUUAGCGUUUGCGUGUGGUGUUGCAGUAUGUGGUAUUUCUGGAAUUUUCUGGAUGUUUG